AUGCAGAGUCUGAAGAUGGAGCGUGGAGACGUGGUGAGGGAGCUGGAUCUAACGUCGCUGAGGUCCACCAUGCCAGCCGGAGGCCCCCUGCAGGGCGCUCCUCCGUUCACUCUGAACAUGAACCAGUACGCCACAAAGAAGAGCGCUGCAGAGGGCAUGCUGGACAUCGCUCUGUUUCUGGCCAACAUCACCCACAUGAAAACUGUGAUCGAGCAGGGAGCUGGAUACAGGUACUACGCUGCAGUCCUGACCCUGAUCACCUUCUCCCUGAUUCUGCAGAUAGUGGCUGGAGUCCUCAUCGUUAUCAUUGCUCGCUGUGAACUGCGCCUCCUCCCCUCGUACCAGCGUCUGUUAAACUUCUUAAAUAACGUCAUCACCUUUAUCAUCUUUAUCACGAUGGUCGUCAACAUCGUGAAGUCGGCCUUCGGCACACAGCGCAGCUUCCUCCUGGGCUGGCUCUUCCACAGAUUUGUCCUCUGA